AUGGCGUCUUUUACUCCGUUGGAGUCGAUGAAGGAUCUCCCGAAAAGCGUUUUGCUGCGCGGUCGCGGCCACGCCGCACGGGAGGCGCCGCAGCCCGUCGGUGUCGUCAUCGACCGCAGCUGCCGAGUCUACAUCUCCCAAAUUCCGGUGGAAAGCAUCGAGCGGGAAGGGGCGAACGCGCUGCGACGCGAAUUCGAGGCUUUCGGCCCGAUUGAAUCGUACAAAAUGUUCACCGAGCGCUCCGGUCGUUUUAUUGGAAGUGCGCUCUGCACGUAUCGCAACCCCGCCGACGCGGCGCUCGCGAUCGACGCGAUGAACGGCCGCGUGAUCGCCGAGACGACGCUGCGGGUGGCGCUCUCCAACGAGCACGGCGUGAUGCUGCUGCAUCCCUCCCACCACCGCGGAUUCAUCCCGCCCAAACGGGAUGCCGAAGGCGCAGAGGAUCACCCCGAUUCCCAACCCGAUCGCGCCGAGGAUGAUAAAUGGCAUCACGAUAAGUAUCAGCUGCUUUCGGAAGGGAAGGAGAUGGAGGAGGUGUUGGGGAUUCGACAGUAUCGACGGGGUCGAGGGGGGUUUCGGGAUCGCCGCCGUGGAGGCCUACCUCUCACACGUGGGGAGCGCAUCGAUCAGGAGUUUGAAAAAUAUAUCGCCGAGCGCGAUCGCGAGCUGGGCGGUGAGGAGGAAAAGCCCUACGAAGAGGACGUCGCGCCGGCGAACGAGGAGCCGCCAACAGCCUCUGCCGAGGACGAAAAGGAGACGCCCCCGCCGGAGAAGGAUCUCGCCCAAUGA